CCUAGCUACAUUCCACCUCUAUCCAUUGCUAAUCCACAAUCACACGAUCUUUCAAGAUGUCCACCGCCAAGCGAGCUCCCGAGUACGACCUCAAAGACGCAGCCCUCGUCGACCUGCUCGACAAACAUCAUGCCGAAUUGAGGUUUGCCAAGUUUAGUCCCGAGAUCGCGUUCAACCUCGGCCUGGCAUUAAAAGAAGCCUUCCUCGAGACUUAUGGGGACGAGUCGAUCGGCCGUUCAGCCAAACCGGGGGUCAAGAAGGGUCUCGGUGUGGUCAUCGCCAUCCGGACGUUUAAUGGGCAUGACCUUUUCAGCUGCGUAGCAGGGGAUGCGAGCGCGACCGGCCCUGACAACUGGAUCUGGGCGGGCCGGAAAGAAAAGCUGGUCAGGCAGACGGGGAAGAGCAGUUUCUUGGUCGGACGCGUUUUGGCGCUGCAGAACCGUCAACCGGAGGAUAAGGGUUAUCCGUUCCCGGAGUAUGCUUGUCAUGGAGGAGGCUUCCCGAUCUGGUUGAAGAACAAUACGGCCUGUCCGAUCGGGACGAUCUUGGUCAGCGGUCUGCCUCAGGCGGAGGAUCAUCAGCUCAUCGCCGACGUCUUGGAGGAGUUCUUGCCUACCCUCGAAUGAGCGGUCUCAUCGUGCAACAACAAAUAACUUGACUGAGUAUAGAUCGCGCGAGAUAGAUCGACGCAGAAGGAUCAGGGCUGCAAACGAGCAUGGAUAAAUAUAGAUAUAUUAUUAUUGAUGACAAUGGAUCAUGCCUGCCUGGCUCUGUCGAACUCAUCUCUCGUGGCCCUUACCCUACCGCAUACCUUAAUUUCACCUCACGGUACCCGAUAUACCAGUCAACCGA